AUGUCUGUGUUGUGCGGCGCUGCUGCCUCUGCUGGGAAUUCAAUACGCUCAUUGGUAACACUUAGUCUCCCGUUCGAGAUUAGUUGGAUUUCGUGCAUGGAUGCGUGUUGUUACGUAAUCUACGGCUACAGGAUUAGGUUUCGAUUGUGGAGAUUUCGGUGUCAUCUCGGUACGUUCUUCGGGUGGUACGUAGGUAUUUAUACUUAUGGGUACCUCAAGAACUGUAUCGAGAUGCUGGCGAAAUUCAUCCACGUUGAAAUCUAA